UGUUUUUGCUGUGCCAGCCCAAAAAAAAGCGAUCUCUAAUCUCGUGCAUUCAACAAUAACCUUUGCGAUCUCCCGGAAAUGCGAGUUUGUUACUACGAGUUACUCAACGUAGCAAGGACUGCUUCACCUGAAGAGUUAAAAAAGGCUUACAGAAAGCAGGCUUUGAUAUGGCACCCUGACAAGAAUGCCCAUAGAAUCCAGCAAGCUACCGAUCAAUUUGCCUUAAUUCAAGAAGCAUACGAAGUCCUAUCAGAUCCACAAGAAAGAGCAUGGUAUGAUGGACAUCGAGACGCCAUUUUACGAGGAGAUGACAGUGUUGGCCAGAAAGACAGCUCAGCCGGGACGACAGUUGACGAUCUUAUGGGAUACUUUAGUAUAUCUCAAUAUCGUGGAUAUAACGAUGAUCCAAAGGGAUUUUUUCAUAUCUAUAGAACGCUGUUUCAAAAGUUGGAGGACGAGGAAGAGGAAGCUGUGGCCUCUGGAGCGUCGGACGAGGUUCAGUCUUUUACACGAUAUCCAUCAUUUGGUUCUUCAAGCACGCCGUUUGCUGACGACGACGGUUACCUUGGAUACGGAGCUUACGUCAAGGACUUUUACAAUGCUUGGAUGACCUUCUCCAGUGCAAAAUCUUUCCAGUGGGCAGACAAAUGGAGGCUGUCUGAAGCUCCCAACCGAUUUGUAAAGCGGGCAAUGGAGAAAGAAAACAAGAAAGCUAGAGAAACCGCUAAGAAGGAAUACAAUGAUACCAUUAGAAACUUGGUGGCUUUUGUUCGAAAACGUGAUCCACGAUACAAGGCGUAUCAGGACCAGCAGAAGGCGAAAAAAGAUGCGCAAGUGGCAGAGAACAAGGCAAGAGCACAACGAGAACGCUUAGAAUUGCAGGCAAAGGCUGCCGCAUACAAGGAACAAGAGUGGGCCAGGGUUGGCGAAGAAGCUGAUAGUGUAUCGGAAGAUGAGGACGAGGACGAGGACGAAAACGGAGACUACGACGAUGCAUUUUAUUGCGUGGCAUGCAACAAGUAUUUCAAGAGCCAAAGACAAUUCGAAAACCAUGAGCAAAGCAAGAAACAUAUUAAAAUAGUACAAGAUCUUCGGGAACAAAUGCUUGCCGAUGAGGAGAAUCUGGAUUUACAAGCUAUUCCACUGCAAAUGGAUGAUACAGAAGAGGGAGAGAGCAUCGAGCCGGUGAAUUUAACAGACGUCGGUGAGGAGAUUGCGAUUAUUCAAACAGAGGAAGCAGAGUAAAUACCCCACGACAAAUGGACAGUGAUGAUGAAAAUGGAUUGUCAACACCUAAACCCGAUGGCGACCUUGGUUCUCUGAAUAGCAGCAAUUCUGAAGCCACUCCUGUUAAAGAAUCGGCCAAGGCAAAGAGGGAAAAGCGUAAAGAGAAGAAAAAGCAAAAAGAAGAGGCUGCAGCUGCUGAGCAAAUGCUGAACUGCAACGUUUGUGGUGAGGAUUUUCCGACGAGAAAUUCGCUCUUUACCCACAUUAAAAGUACAGGACACGCACUCGCUGCUCCAACCAAGUCAAAUAGAAGGAGGU